AUGGCUGCGCCCAAUCGUCCGCGCGUCUUCCUCGAAAUCACCAUUGGAAAUGAACCUGCAGGUCGUCUAACCAUCGAGCUCUUUACUGAUCGGACUCCAAAGACAUGUGAGAACUUUCGCGCGCUGUGUGCAGGUUCGCACAAGAAUCUCAGCUAUGCCCUCAGUCCCUUCCACCGCAUCAUUGACGAAUUCAUGGUACAAGGCGGAGACAUAACCCGCGGCGACGGUACAGGCGGCGACAGCAUCUACGGCGGCGACUUUGAAGAUGAGAAUCUAGGUUGGCGCGACAUGGAUGCUGCCGGUCUGGUGUGCAUGGCCAAUCGAGGAAGGGCUACCAACAGCAGUCAAUUCUUCAUAACUCUCGACGAGUGCCCGCACCUGAACAACAAACACACCAUAUUCGGACGCUUGGUGGGAGGUGAAGACACUCUUGCUCGCAUGGCAAAGGUCCAGGUCGACAAGGACGACAAACCCCUCGAGCCGGUUCUGAUCGCUCGUUGUGGAGAACUU